AUGGCGUCCAUGGAGCCCUCCGAAGAUGACAUCUCGCAGGUCGUCGACUUUGCGGGCCUCAACCCGAUCGACGACCGUGCAAUGAUCAUCAAUGCGCUCAAGAAUAACAAUCGAAACGUCGAGACCGUCGUCAUGCAAUACUUUGACAACUCCGAGAGCGUAUGCGACUCCACCACACCCCCCUCUGCGAGCAAUCAGAUGGCCGAACAGCACGUUACUGACAUGGAGACCGCAGUUUCGACAAAAGGAGUGACGCCUCCGCCUAGUUAUACCGCUGGAGCACCGUCAAGACCCCCCUCGCGAUCCAACAACAGAUCCCCGCUCGGCAGGAUGAUUGAGUGGUCUGCGGGUGACACAGCAGGAGGGAACAACAUUCAUUCUCAAGAGGACGAGGAUAUGCAGCGAGCAUUGCGAGAAUCGGCACAGGAAGCGGGGCUGUCUCUUCCUCCACAAGAGACCGGCAUCAUUGACCAGUCGACUUCAACGCCGUACUUUGGCCCCGCGAACCGCUCCGACUACGAUCAGGAUAACUGGGCUAUGGUCAUUGCUGGACAGAACAGUUCGCAGCUGAAAAAUGCCCCGUUGCCAUCUCAAAGGAAGCGAGAUCCUGCAAGCCCAGCAUUUUUAGUGCAGGGGUCCAGCUCUGAGGGAUUCCACAGCCUGGGGGGGAUGCUGACGAUCCUUCAUCAGAUCCCAUUGGCGAGAAAUAUCCUCCUACAAUAUGGUUCUCCUGCGAAUUCAUACGGGUUCAACAGCGAAUGGUGGAAUGGACAGGAGAUUCUACCGCCGGAGGCUCUUCGCCAAGUGUACGCCGACGGGACGGCACAGGGCGACGGUUCUGUGAUGAAGCCUCACUUUGACGAGGAACUCCAUCGACUUAUGGCGUUUCUCGACGCGACCGAGAGGAGCUAUGCAACGGUCAGCACGCUAGCGGAGUUGAUCCCAGACCCAAAAUCUGGCAUGGAGAAGCAGUUUUAUGCCAGGCUGGGAGACACCAGCGAUGAGCUGCAACCGUUAUAUCAAGAGGCCAUCUUGCUCGACGUGGACGAUGAUGUGGUCCACCAAGAGGCCAAAUUUGGUGUGCUCAGCUUUGACCAUUCGAGGGGCGAUUACGCUCACAUCAAGACUCUCUACGAAGCUCUUGACCACAUGAUGUGGAGCGACAUACUGUCGUGGCACGAUGCAGACGAAAAGGCCAAAAUCGCCACCUUUAGGAAAAUGGGCGAGGUUCUUGUCAUCAAGGUCGGUAACCACGGUCCCCAAGACUCGUUCGACAUUCCAACACAUCUAUACCCGGAGCGUUAUCUAGCCAGCCGCAAGGAGGAGGCCAGAAAGAUUGCCAUGGCGAUUUUAGAUACCAAGAAUGCGAUUGAUAGUGUGACCACGGAGGAGCGGCGCCUUCAGGAAUGGCAGGAUGACUGGAAUCAGCUGUCGUUCAACAAGCUGGACAUGAUUCGCGAGGCUCAGGGCCAAUGGAAGGCGUUUUCCGACUACCUUGAGACUGCUGGGCGCUUCCAAGGCAUGGAGGCUGCGGGAUUCGACACGAGCAAGUAUCCCAACUAUCGGGAUGCUCCGUGUCAAAUGACCGAGGAGCAGGUCAAUCUUUCCGGACAGGUCAACGACGUGCUUUUACUGACACAGCGGAUACUGUCCGAUAUGGAAGCAAAAACACAAGACCUCCGUGCUCAGCUAGAGCAGCUUCAAGCUAAGCAACGCUUUUUGGGAAGGCUCCUGACAGACCCAGACAAACAAGGCCGACCAAAGCCAAUGACAUGCAAAAAGUAUCAGCUGCGAGGCGUGGCGACCGAGAGAGAUGUGAUUUACGUCUGCCAACGUCUGGAGCCGGAGUCUACGGAAACAGAAGAUCUGAAACCAGCAGUUGAUCAGUGGUGGCGGCUAGAAUACUGUCCCCACGAGGAUGUGCCGGUCAGGUCAGAGAAAGUAGAAGUCGAGAGAGUCCUGAGAGACAUUUGGCACGAAACGAAGGUACCGGUGCUCGUAUACGCCACGGAAGAGGCAGUCUCUACUCCGAAGGCGCCCUUGUCGGAUGCUCUGAACAUGUUUGUCAGGUCGGACAACAAGGCUUUCCGCCAGGAGCUUAAGAAGCCCGCGCCGGACAGCAGGGAUGAAAGGAGGUAUCCGGACCCAAUCUCUCCUUCUAAGAGAAAGCAUCGAGAUAGCAUGGACUCCAUGGACACCAACCGAGCGUCGAUUGGUAGCGAGGACAGGAACCCGUUUGAGCCUGUAUUUGACGACCGAAUGGAGCAGGAGCUGGGAGAAAUGUCUCAAGAGACACUCGAAUACGUUGGCGGUUCCAGCACAGAGGCACCAUUUGGAGGUCAUGGAAUCCCGCCACCCUUGCCAAACCGGGACCAGGCGCAGAUGACGGUCGAGUCUGCAACUCUGACUCCAGACACGUUGGCGGCGGAAGAGGGUGAAGUGCAAAACCCUACUACAACUACUACUCCUCCCAAGGAGAGCCACGUAGAAGAUGCGGCGACCAAGGCCCCCGAGAUGCAAGAGCGGGUUAGACCACCGUCACUUGUACGGCCGCCACCGCUGGGGAACGAUGGAGGCAGGGAGUUGAGCAUGGACAUGGAGAUUCCGGAUGCCCAGGAGUAG